AUGUCGGCUCUGCAUAUGACUACGCCGACCACCUCUCCCUCAACCCAGACUCCCCCGACCACCCCCAGACGUAGUAGGGCCAUGCCGAUUGAUGGCCCGACAGUCAAGUUCUUGUACACGAUCAUCAAACAACUAGACCUGAAAUCGAUUGACUGGAGUCUAGUUGCGACUGAACUUGGAAUCUCCAAUGGCCACGCCGCUCGGAUGCGUUAUUCACGGUUUAAACAGCAGAUGGAAGGUAUCGCUCCCACUCCCCGAUCAGCUCGUGCCAAGAAGCCCACGAAGAAAGCGGCCAAAACAAGCCCCACGAAGGCAGAACUGGCGAGGGAACCUGUCAGUCCUCAGUCGGCCAGUCCCCAACCUCGGCCGACGCUCAAGCAAGAGCCCGACUACCUUCCCUAUGGCUUGGGCUCUCAGAUCAAGGCCGAGGCUCAUACCCAGACGAUGCCCAGAUUGGAAGAUAUCCCUCUCGCUGCACCUUCGCCCAUGGAGUCGCCUCACGUCAAUAUGAUGCCUAAUUGGGGGAACAUUACUAUUGCUGCACCCCCGACCAGGGAUGGGAUGCCCUAUUACCCGAUGAACUUCGCCCCGGGAGACCCGUACUACUAUUCGCCGAUGAACAUGGUGGCUGGGCUUCUCAACGAGCCAGGCGCCUUGAGUUGGGAACCCUUCAAGUCCGAACCUGUGGAAGAAGACGGCACUAUCGACAAGGCCAUCAAGGAGGAACAGCAGCCGGAAGUGAAGGCGGAACCACAGGAUGAACCAGAGGAGGCAGUGGAGGAGGAAGCCCAGGAGGAAUCCAAGGUAGUCCUCAUCGAUGAUUAA